AAGAUUUUUUGGACAAAAUAGCAUUUACAGGCCCAAAGCGACUGCAGGAAAUCUCCGUAAAUUUCUGGAGCCAUUUGAACCUCCACCUCCUCCCUCCUCAAGCCGACCGGAAUAGUCUGUUGCGCACAGGUAAAGGGGGAGAAGAGCGAGGGGAAAGAGAGCAAAGAGGGAAUGGCAGGUGUUCAUCUUAUGGCUUUGGCGCCGAGGGUUCACUUGUCCUCCUCCGCACCGUCCCGUUUAGGGAGAACGGCCUUGAUGGUAUCGGCCUCUUCCUUGCAGAACCACCGUCCUCUUCUUCUUCAACAGCAACAUCUCAGAAGCCCCGACCUUGUCGAGUUAGAAUACGCCGACCUCAAGCUCAAGGAGAAAGUAGGAGAGGUGGGUCAUGUUCGCAUUCGACAGCAUGUGAACCCUCUCAGUGCGUCGUUCUCUACUUCUCCAGAGAUACCAAAUUGGGACGGAGUUUUUGAAGACCCCAAAUUGCCGCUCAUGGUCGACAUUGGUUCCGGUAGUGGCAGAUUUCUCAUGUGGCUGGCAAAGAAACACCCUCAAUCAAGAAACUAUUUGGGACUUGAAAUACGUGAGAAGCUGGUGAAGCGUGCACAAUUUUGGGUGAAAGAGCUAUCGCUUAAGAACAUACAUUUUAUGUUUGCCAAUGCCACAGUUGCUUUCAAGGAGCUGGUUUCUGCUUACCCAGGUCCUUUAAUGUGCGUCUCGAUACUGUGCCCAGAUCCACAUUUCAAGAAACGUCAUCACAAGAGAAGGGUGCUACAGAAGCCCUUGGUGGAUUCUAUACUGGAAAGUUUGGUGCCUGGUGGACAGGUUUUCAUGCAGUCAGAUGUGUUGGAAGUGGCACAUGAAAUGAGGGAUCAAUUUGAUGCUUGUUCGAGCAUUUUUAAACACAUUGACAUCAUAAACCCUGACAUUCCAUGUGAUUCGGAGGGAUGGAUUUUGUCAAACCCUAUGGGAAUUAGAACAGAAAGAGAGAUCCAUGCAGAAUCUGAGGGUGCAAAAAUAUACAGAAGAAUGUACCAGAAAAUUUAAAUUUGUUUUGUUUCUAUCAUUCGACAAUUAUGGCAUGCGCUUCCACAUUGCAUGCCAAGUAAAGAAAGAGAUUUUCAUUUGUAUGGGCGCUUCUCAAAAUAUGAAUGUUCCUCAUCUCCUCAACGGUCCCUCAGGAUAUGUUUGACAUCUAUGCAGAUUAAGUUAAACCUAAGUUUUGUUGCUCAUACUGUACCAAACUGUUUGCGGUGAUAGUAAGAGCAUGAGAAUGAACACGUGACAAAGCAGUCAGUGGAUUAUCUGUCAGUUUUCAUGGUGUUCGAUCAUUUUCUUGAGACUGGAGAGUGCUGGCAUCACUGACUCGCAAGCACGAUUGAUUUCUUCCAUGUAAAUUGGUAGCACUUUCAGUUCCCAAAGGAUGAUUUUCUUCUGGAGUUUCUGGAUGUGCAGGCCAGCUUUUAGGGCUUCUAUCCUAUUAAAAUGUCACAGAAUUUUGGAUUUGCCCAGUGUAGCACCAUACCCCAACAUGGAGCAAAACACGGUCUCUUGACAUUCCGCUCAUUUGGCCUGGCGGUACAGAUUAUCAGUCAACAUAUCGAUAGAUAGCGAUUUAAGCCAGUUAUGUAUUGCAUAUCAGGCUCCAGAGGAACAGAGACAGGGUUACCCUGGAUAGCAUCUUGCGUGGAUAUUUGUAUGAAUUUUAUAUCUUUAUUAGUCUGAAAGGAACUUCUGUUUGGUGAAUCAUGUUUUUGUGAAGAAGAUGCUUGAACAAAAAACAUUUGAUAUUGUACAAGGGUUUUCUUGUAGUAUCUGCUUA